AUGGUAAGAGACAGAUAUAGAGACCAAUCAUUUGAUGACUUGAAAUUGAGACUUAUUGCGGAUAGGACAAAAGAUGGAAGGAUAUAUAGUGUCCCCAAUGUUUCAGAAGUUGCAGCACUUAUAGUUGGUGAUGUAGAUACUGCUUCAUGGAGAGACAUCAUAAUGGAAAAGCAGUCUGGCAAGUUGCAAAGAAUAAAUGAAUUGCACACUAGUUAUUUAGGAUUUCAAUAUCCUUUACUCUUCCCAUAUGGGGAAGAUGGUUAUAGACAUGAUGUCAAUCAUCAACAGAAACCAGGAUUCAACAACAAAAGGAACAGACUCACAAUUAGGGAGUGGUUUUGUUUUAGAUUACAAACAAAACAAUCUGAAGCACAAACUUUGCUUAGAUCUAGACGACUUUUUCAACAAUUCAUAGUUGAUGAAUAUACAAUGGAGUCUGAAAGAUUGUCAUUCAUUAAAUAUAAUCAAUCGAACUUAAGGGUUGAUAAAUACAAUAACCUUUGUCAGGCUUCCACUAGCUCACAAACUCAAGGAUCACAACAAGGAAAGAGGGUUGUUCUUCCUUCAUCUUUUAUUGGUAGUUGCAGAUUCAUGGACCAACUAUAUUUUGAUGGAAUGGCUAUUUGUAGUUAUAUGGGAUUCCUAGACCUUUUUAUAACUUUCACAUGCAAUCCGAAAUGGCCAGAAAUAACCAGAGUAUUUGCUAAGCUAAAGCUAUCUCCAACAGACCGUCCUGAUAUAGUGUCAAGGGUCUUCAAGAUUAAGUUUGAACAACUUUUGACAAACUUAACUAAGAAUCAUCUACUAGGCAAAACUACUGCAUUCAUGUAUACCAUAGAAUUUCAGAAGCGUAGUCUACCUCAUGCACACCUACUAAUUUUUUUGCAUCCCAAUAGCAAAUACCCAACUCCUGGUGAUAUUGAUAAGGUAAUAUCUGCAGAAAUCCUUUGUCCAAUAAAUAAUCCUGAAUUGCAUAAAUGUGUUCAAGAUCACAUAAUUCAUGGACCUUGUGGAAUGUCAAACAAAUCUCUGCCUUGCAUGAAAUACAGAAAAUGCUCACGCUUAUUUCCAAAAAAAAUUCAAAGGACAACUACCAUAUCAGAAAAUGGUUUUCCUCAUUAUUGUAGAAGGAACGAUUCAUUGACAGUAACCAAGAAUGGGUUUGUCUUGACAAUCGUUCUGUGGUUCCUUACAAUCCACAAUUGUUGUUGA